AAAGAAUGAAUCUAACGAGCAUAUCGGCCGUCCGGGACCACUAUGGAGGACCCCCAUUUAACAAACGCUGCGGCUUGUAGGGCUCAUUUGUCCUUUAAUUCUCCUGUGCGAUAUGUGCUUGUGGAACUAAAAAAAAAAAACCCAUCGACUGAGAGUCAGACCAGGCGAGUUCUGCUCCCUACGUGUCCGUACAAGUGUGCUGAUAAGAAGGGGAGUGGAUAGCAACCCAGUAAAACAAACCCCGCCGAAGAGAGUAGCGGAGACGGCGCUGCAAAGCUGGGGGCUGCGUGGCAAAUUACAAAGCAAAUGUUACAAAAUAAUAAAUAAAUAAAAAGGAGACCAAACUGGAUUUUUUGGGGAUUUCGGAUAGAGUCCGGACGCAAAUGUGCAGCCUUAAGAGGAUCUAAGCUCAGAGAAGAACAUCUGACCCCACGUCCCGUCAUGAUGUUGGUUUAAGCCCCAAAAUGGCCGCUGAAAUGGCACCUUCAGUUUCCUGACAUGGGAGUGACAUUGCUCUAUUAGGUAAACAGAAGCUGCCACAUUUUGACUCAUCACAUAUAAGAGGAAAGGAAGGACAGGACCGGUGUACUAUGGCAUGACGUUGCAGCCGCUUCAUGUGGGACUAGGACCCACUUGAAAAUAUUCCAGCCCAAAUACUUCACCUUCCCACAAUGCCCUGCUUUCUUCGGGGGAAGAUAAAGCUUUUGGCUGCAUCUUUGGCAUUCAUGGUACUUCUCACAUGGCUAUAUCUCAUUGUUUGGAACUUGGAGAGUGGGCGGUCCUUACUGCUCUCCCCCUGUCUUGUUGACCAAUCAGAGCUCGGGUACUUGGAGCGUGAUGUGCUCAUAUCACGGAUGCGAAAGGUGGAGGAGGAGAACCAGCAGCUACGGGCACAGCUCCGCCAGUCCCAGGGUAUGGCACACGUGCAGGAGGGGAACUAUGGGAACCAGCAGUGGGUGGCAUCUGCAGACACGGGCACUGAAGACGGCGAGAAUACGGCAGAAGAGCGGGUCAACGGGACUGACUGUGAGCGCCGGCCAAUGGUUGAGAAAUGUGAGGUAAUCCACGUCGCGUGCGUGUGCGCCGGUCACAAUGCCAGUCGAGAUGUGGUCACCCUGGUCAAAUCCAUACUGUUCCACAGGAGGAAUCCCCUCCACUUUCACUUCAUCACGGACGCGGUCGCCCACCAAAUCCUCAGCUCCCUCUUUGCGUCCUGGAUGGUGCCGUCCGUGCUGGUCAGCUUCUACGACGCAGAUGAUCUGAAGUCAGAGGUGUCCUGGAUCCCCAACAAGCACUACUCAGGGAUAUACGGUCUGAUGAAGCUCACCCUGACCAAAGCACUUCCUACCGACCUCACCAAAGUCAUCGUCCUGGACACGGACAUCACCUUCGCCACUGAUAUUGCUGAGCUCUGGGCUGUCUUCAGGAAGUUUGCAGACAAGCAGGUAAUUGGACUGGUGGAGAAUCAGAGUGACUGGUAUCUGGGAAACCUCUGGAAGAAUCAUAAGCCUUGGCCUGCCCUUGGACGCGGAUUCAACACGGGGGUCAUUCUGUUGCUGCUGGAGAGGCUGCGUGGGAUUGGCUGGGAGCAGAUGUGGCGGCUGACUGCGGAGAGGGAGCUUAUGAGCAUGCUCUCAACGUCACUGGCCGACCAGGACAUAUUUAAUGCGUUUAUCAAGCAAAACCCAGUCCUGGUGCACCAGCUUCCCUGUUUCUGGAACGUUCAGCUGUCCGACCACACGCGCUCAGAACAGUGCUACACCGAGGUGUCCGACCUCAAGGUGAUCCACUGGAACUCGCCCAAGAAGCUGCGUGUGAAGAACAAGCACGUGGAGUUCUUCCGGAACCUGUACCUGACCUUCCUGGAGUACGACGGAAACCUGCUGCGCAGGGAGCUCUUCGGCUGCCCCAGCCAGCCCAGCCCCGAGAGCGUCCCGUUACAGGCCGCGCUGGAGGAGCUGGACGAGGACGACCAGUGCUACGAUUUCCGGCGGGAGCGGAUCACGGUGCACAGAAUGCAUCUGUACUUCCUGCAGUACGACUACAGCCCCACCGAGGACGGCUCUGACGUCACCCUCGUCGCCCAGCUCUCCAUGGACAGGCUGCAGAUGCUGGAGGCCAUCUGCAAGCACUGGGAGGGCCCCAUCAGCCUGGCCCUCUACAUGUCCGACGCCGAGGCCCAGCAGUUCCUGCGCUACGCCCAGUCCUCGGAGCUGCUGAAGAACCGCAGGAACGUGGGCUACCACGUGGUCUACAAGGAGGGCCAGUUCUACCCCGUCAACCUGCUGCGCAACGUCGCCCUGAGGCACGCCAGCACCGCAUACGUGUUCCUGGCCGACGUCGACUUCCUGCCCAUGUACGGCCUCUACAGUUACCUCAGGAAGUCCGUCCUGCAGCUGGACUUGGCUCACACCAAGAAGGCGCUGGUGGUACCAGCCUUUGAGACCCUGAGGUACCGUCUCUCCUUCCCCAAAUCCAAAGCUGAGCUCCUCUCCAUGCUGGACAUGGGGACCCUCUACACGUUCAGGUACCACGUAUGGACCAAGGGCCACGCACCGACCAACUACGCCAAGUGGCGGACGGCCACCACCCCCUACAAGGUGGAGUGGGAGCCCGAUUUCGAGCCCUACGUAGUGGUGCGGCGGGACUGUCCGGAGUACGACCAGAGGUUUGUAGGGUUUGGCUGGAACAAAGUCUCCCACAUCAUGGAGCUGGACGCCCAGGAGUACGACUUGGUGGUCCUACCUAAUGCCUUCAUGAUCCACAUGCCACACGCUCCCAGCUUUGACAUCUCCAAGUUCCGCUCCAGCCCCAGUUACAGGUUCUGUCUGAGCGUGCUCAAGGAGGAGUUCCACCAGGAUCUGUCCCGAAAGUACGGCGCCGCAGCUCUGAAAUAUCUCACAGCUGAGAGGAAUAUCUGAGACUCAGCUGCUGUAGGAGUUCAGGUCAACGGGGAGUGUCAGUUUCUGACCGUGAGAUCUUAACCAAACGUUUGCCAGGAGAAGGUCACAAGGCGGACACAGCUGUUGUACCUCUGAGCAUAAAUAUAUUAUAAAAUAUACAGCUGUGUAAAUGGAAUAAAAGUUAUACACUAGGUUGCUUUUAAUAAGAGCAUCUGCUAAGUAAUGAAAACAAAGAUAUUCUUUUUUGAUAUGAGUGUCUGGACCCCUGAAUGUGUAAAAAUGAUGUGGACGAAUCUUUUAAGGGGAUUAAAUGGUAUUGCGUGUUAAUUAGGUGAGGAAAACACUUAGCACACUGUAUUUAUUUUAAUUGCAAUAUUUUUAUGUACGUAAAUGAUUUACACACAGUAACAAUUAUAAUUUACACUAUAAAUUAUAUAUGAAUUGUUUAUUCCUGUAUUUUUCCCCUCAGAGGUAAAAGAAAUGUCUGUUUAUUCUCUGUGUAUAAAUGGUACGAGCUUGGGAAGUUUCCAGAAAGGUAUUUAAGUACUUGUGUUGCAUUCUUUCACUUGCCCAGUGAUGUGUUAUGAAUGAAACUGGCUGGUUUUAAGUCAGUUUGCUCAAUGAUAUUACUGUCGCUUUACCAAAUAAUUUAUUACAGUAUCCAACCAGUUACACUUAUGUUUGUAUAAUUAUUAUUAUGUCUCUUACUGCCUGUCAGAACCAUAUUAAUCAUAAAUUAUUGCACUAUUCAAGUCAAGGGAGAGUCAAAGGAAGUUGGUAAAAGAUUUAGAAUUUUUGGUAUUAUUUAAUUUCAUGUUUUAUUGUGCUUUGGGGGAAUCUUUUGUAAGACUAUUUAACCUUAGAGAUGACUUGCGCUGUUGCUCUGGGCCAUCUGUUUUGUUUCAACUUAAGAUUUGCAUUAAUGCUACCACCCUUCCCCCUCACCCCCCCCCAUCACUUGAUGGAGCAAUCUGAUCAUUAUGAGGCCCAAAUGGAACAGUUCCAUUGGGAGGAGGGCUAACACAGACAGUAUCUGUAAGGUACUCUGCAGUGAGCUCACUGUAUGUGAGGUGUCAUUAGCAAGAACGCAGUGACGAUAAUGACUGCCUUCGGAGAUUACCACAUGCCAUGCCAUUGUGAAGACACCCACAAACUGCAGUAAAUGCCAGUGCCUUUGCUGUAUUCAGAGAGAAAUGGUACUGAUUGUAUACAAGGAGGAGCUAUGUCACAGGCUGUGUAUUUGUCGUUGUUGACUUAAAUCAUUCUUAUUUUUCUAUUAUGGGGACACAACUGCUUUGAAUAAAAUUAUUCUUUUUGUAA